AGGAAUUUAUAGCAGGAAUGGCAGACUGUAAAAUAGCUCGCAGCACAGUACAGAACUUGGAUCUCUUUGACAAGUAUACUUGCCCUCACUGUCACCAUCUCUGCAAGGAUGCUGUACAGUCAGUGUGCGGCCACUGGCUGUGUGAGAGCUGUGCAGAUGAGCUAAUGGCAACUAGUUCCCCCAAGUGCCCGCGACCUGAUUGCCAAGAAGACCUCAGUUCAGAUGGAGACAAGUGCUUCCCCGAUCGGUUUGUGAGGAAAGAGAUUGCAAAGAUGAUCGUCCUCUGCCCCUACGAAGGCAACGGUUGCCAAUGGGAGGACAAGACGGCAGAUCUGGAGGCUCAUCUGAAGACAUGUACAUUCGCCUCUGAUGUGACGUGUCCUCUAGCUUCUCUAGGAUGCCAACACAGCCAAACAGGAACAAAAGAGGAACUACAGAAGCACAUAGCUGAGUGUGGACCAGAGCAUCUACAGCUAAUAGCUGAUAUUUUGAGUCUCUUACGCCCACUACUACCAUCAGCACUUAGCUCCGAGAGUGCUAGCGUGGUCGAGAGAGACGGAGUCCUUACUAGCAAAGGAAGCAAAACACAGUGGACGGGGGUGCUAGCUACAUGUAUGUAUUUUUUUAGUUGGACUAGGAUUUAGAAGCCCAAAGGCAUU